AUGUCAGCCUUGAGUCGGGAAGAAGCGCGGACGCUUGUCCAGAGCAUCUCUACCUCCCACGGCUUCGUCGACUACCAGCACUGGCAGGCCAUGGCGGAGUGGGACAUGGCAAGAAAAAGGAUAUUUGAGGAUGCGUUCUUGAGGAAGGAUCAACUUAUUGGUUCCGCGGUGAUAACAUUGGCCAAAAACCUGUACACCAGUGAAGCUCGCUUCUUGUUCGAGCUCCUCCAGAACUGCGAAGACAAUCAUUACAAGCGGGCAGCGGAGAGCGGAAACGAACCCUUCGUGGUUUUUGAGGUCUACAAGAAUCGCGUGAUUUGCGAAUGCAACGAAGAUGGCUUCACCAAAUCCAAUUUGUCGGCAAUUUGCAACAUUGGGAGAAGCUCCAAAAGUGGUACACAGGCUUACAUUGGUGAGAAGGGAAUCGGGUUCAAAUCUGUCUUCAAGGUGGCCUACAAGGCUGUGAUUCACUCCGGGAACCUUUGCUUCUCUUUCACGCACAAUAAGAGAGACUCCGGAAUGGGGAUGAUAUCGCCGCAAUGGGAAGAGGGCCUUGCGCCAGGCGAACAAGGUCGAACACGGAUCACCUUAUGGCUCCACGAACAAGACUCCAAAGACAUACUUGCUAGCAUCAAUGAGCAGCUCAAGGUGAUCCAUGAGGAAAUGUUGCUCUUCAUGAGGAAGAUCAAAAGAAUCGUCGUCAGGACUUACGAUGACAAUGACCAACCCAAGGACUCAUCCACAUAUUCGAGGUCCAACGGGAUUGGGCGACUCGUCAGCACCGAGCGGUUGAGGCGUGAGGGCGAACAAGAGACCCUCACGAAGAAGCAUUUUCACCUCACUACUUAUACAGCCCGGGGUUUACCAAAAAGCGAAAAUCGAGAAUACAAUAAUGAGGCGUUGGAAUCUGAGUCGUACGCAACCAGCGAAAUUGUCCUCGCCUUCCCUCUGGAUGAGAAAUCGGUUCCAGUGUUGCAGAACCAGUGGCUCUUCUCCUUUCUACCUGCCACACUGACCGGUUUCAAAUUCGUCAUCCAAGCAGACUUUGUGACGGGCGCCAAUCGGGAGAGCAUCGAUACGACAUCUCCUAGGAAUCAAUCUCUCGGGCACAAAAUCCCUGCAGCUUUCGUACUGGCUGUGCUGCAAAUGUGUGAACAUGAGACGCUCCAGUACCGAUGGAUGCGGUAUCUACCAUCGGACGACAGUGAAAAUGCCUGGGGACCUUUUUGGACCGGCGUAAUCGACGGUAUCAAAGACAAUGUCAAAGUGACCCCCGUGCUCAGGCCUGCCAGUCUCGGACCUCUUCGAAAGAUUGGUGAAAUGAGGAGGAACUCGCGCCUUGAUGUCGAUCACAAAGGACAGCCUUUGUUCCCCGAUAUCGCCCCUGAAAAAUAUUUGUCGCCAAGAUACGCGCAGGAAGACCUCGAACUGCUGAAGUCCCUGGGUCUCGAAAAUAUAUUCAUGGAUGAGAUCCUCGCGAGGGCCAGGUGCGAUUUAGACAACGCUAGGUCGCGCUUAAAGACAUGCCAAAGCGAAGAAUGGCAUACUCGCGCAGCAAAACUGUUCCAAUUUCCUUUUCAAAAAAAAUGGGACGCUUCAAUCGGCGAAUUGAAACAGAUGAACGUCCUUCCUUUGAGAGGUGGGAACUGGGCCUCUGUGCGCGAGGGCCCCGUCUACUACGCUGACUCGGACGAAGUACCUAUCCCCGAGGGUCUUCGAUUGCGGGUAAUCAAUCCUUCUGCUAGCAACAAUCCAGAACGAAAGAAGCUUUUUGAUUUAAUUGGCGUUGCAACAGCGCCAACUAGGAUUGUGCUGGAUCAAAUAAGGCAGCGAUACCGAGAGAUUGGAUCUUCAAUCCUUACCCCUGGGAUGUCUUUGGCUGACAUGCACUUCGCUUAUUUAACAUCUCAUGCCAUGGAAACUGCGCGGAUGAGCCUCGGCAUCAAAGUCUUCACAAAUGACUUGGUAAUCAGGGAUCCAAGUCGUGAAGAUGUCUUCUUACCAUCAGAUGACGCUCUAGGUGCAUCCCACCUCUUGUCCCCCACACCUGAUGGCCAAGAUAUCGACGAUGGGGCUCCUGGGUACAAAGUACCUUUUCUCCACGAUGAUUACUUGCUUAACCCACCGGUUGACCGUCGUUCUGAGUCUCCUCGAUGGGUAGACUGGCUUCACGACUGCAUACACAUUCGGCGCAACCUUCGCCUGAAGGAGAGAUCCGAAAACAACCUUUCAAAACCGUUCCUCUACGUAGCCAAGCACAGACCCAAAAGGCUCAUGAGUCUUCUUCACAAACUAUGGCAAAAGGAAAGUGAGCAGACCUACGCCAAUCAAGCUCUUCUGGAAGAACUAUCCAACAUCGAGGUUGUUUGCAGGGGAGGCCGCUUCUGCAAGCUGAAGGAGACGUUCUUUCCGACAAGUCGCCUCGAGGAUUUGGCGAAAAGAUUUCUGUCUGACGAUGAUCCGUUCCUGUGGCUGGAGCUCCACCUAUCAUCAGAUGACAAUGGUCAUCCUUUGGAGUUGCAACAAGUCACUUCACUUGCCUCGAAAUUGAACCUCAAGUGGCAACAAGAUGAUCUUCAGUUCAGUGUAACCCUUCUAGAAUACCUUGGGCAUGCGCAAUACCGAAGAAAUAAUGGUCUACGGCACUGUACUCGGGAUAGCUCAGGGUUCAAAAGAGUUCGCGAUUUGUACAUCUUUCUGGACGCCCAGGUUCGUGCCUCCGCUGAUGAGCCACGAGUGAGGGAAACACUCAGGUACAGCAUCUCCCUUUUACUGACCAAAAGCAGACGCAAAUUUCAAAGUUGCUAUCUCAUCUUCAUUCCUGCGUACUCCGAGUCUCAAGAGUCCGACUGGUAUAUGCCGAACGAUUGCGUUUGGACAGCACCUGUUGAGCGUCCUAGAGCCGUGGCUGCGCUCGAGGAAAUGUACGGACCAAUGCCCGGGGAAUCAUCUGUUUCUUCCAGCAGUUCCAGUUUGAAACACUUCUUUUGCGACAUUGUCCAGGUGACUAAGUGGAACUGGGAACUUGCCAUCUUGGAGCUCGAGGAACACCAAGACAAAGACCCUGAUUUUGAUUCCAUUAUUUGCCUAUACAAGUGGCUGGCCAAGAACAAGAACCAAUCCAAUUCUGAAAAUAUACGGUAUGUACACGCCUCAAUUAUUCGGCAAAGUCUUGUCUACAAGCCAAACGGUAAGACGUCCUGGCACAAGAGCUCCGAGUGUUUGUGGACAGCAGCCACAGUCAUUCCAAGUAAAACCCCUAUCAACAAUGAAGGCGACUAUGAUGGUCUUGAAUCGUUCUUUCAAGAUGUAAUUGGAGUACAGAAAGUGACUCUUCGCAUGCUGUACGACAAACUUAGCAACCCUGACCUGAGCAUCCCAAUCGACGGGCUCAAAGGGGACCUUCUUGAAUUCAGCGCAUUGCUCGGCAAGGAAGACUGGGGACAUAUCGACGCGGCCAAAAUGUGCAAAAACCGCAUAUUUCCAGUGCGAAGGCCGGAUGGCGAAGUUUUCCUUUCGGGCGGUGAUGGCCAUUUUGCCAUAGUAGACCGCGCCCCCUUGGCCGCGAGCUUCCGAGACAAGGCGCUGCUCCUCGACUUUGACAUCGAACAAGUACGAGGGCUCGAGCAACUCUUUCGAUGGGCCAAUCUCCAGGACAGAUAUCUUUCUACAUCAGUGCGAGAGAUUUUUGUGCCGGACAGAAUAUCCUCUCGACCUAUUUCCGAACCCGAACGUCGUAUCACAGCAAAAGCAGGCACACUAUUAAGCAUCGCGAAAUAUCACCAAAGUCCGCGGGUGGCCAAUGGAUACGAUGCGCUCUACAAGCUAUUGCGGAACUGCGACACACUUGAGACAAGAAAAAUCACCACUACGUUGCUACUACACCAAGGUGGCACUGAGCCAAUUUCACACGACAAAGACGAUGGCGUUGCCCUUGUAAUUGACGAAAGCAGCCAGGGCAUGAAGGUCUUCGUCCCUAGGAAGAGAUCCGACCGUGAGGCUUGCUUCCAAAGCAAAUUACCCAAGUACCUCUUCGAAUGGAUUAUGACCAAUCCCGAUACCAACAUCAUCGAGGCUUGCGCUGAUGAUUACGCAAAAAUUGCAAAAGAAUGUGGGAUACGUGCUGUUCAGGCUGUCUUAAGCGCUCGCAUAUGUGCUCUUAACAGUAUUCUGCUGGAGUUUGGGAUUCCAGAUGCUGGCGCAGCAUACGCUGAUGCGGAUGACGAUGAUAGCGAUGAGGAAAAUUCCGCCUCAGUACAGCCGAUUGAGGUCGAUGCGCUGCUUUCGAAUUCCUCACAGGUGCCCAACAACUCUCCUUUCCGGCCUCAGUCCGCCUCAGUACAGCCAAUUGAGGUCAAUGAACAGCUAUCGAUUCCCUCACAGCUGCCCAAUACUUCUCCGUACCAGUCCCACUCUGCCCCAGUUCAGCCGCUUCAGGUCGAUCCGCUGCUUUCGAUUCCCUCGCAAGUGCCCAACAGUUCCCCUUACCGAUCCUUGUUGGAGGCGCUCGUGAAUAGAGCAAGAACAAUUGAGUUUCCAUCCAGGGGAACAUUCGACAUGUUCGAGCUCAGGAAUGUUUUGGAUGGACAGUCAUCAGGCGAUCCUGUGAACAGGCUGCCAUUCCUGCGGCCAUUUGGCAGACUCGAAAGGGACAAAAUGGUCGGCGCAGCUGGCGAGCUCUUUAUGUUUGAGCUGCUUCGUCGUAUUGAACCCUCACUUCCUGAAUUCGGUCUUGGCAACUGGCAAAGCAAUAUUCGUGGCUACGCGAGCGCACAUCCUGAGUUUGCUGCUAUUUCGUCUUGGGGAGGCGCGGAGACGGCCGAUAUCACGUACCGCGAUCAUACGGGAGCCUUCACAUCCUUUCUGGCCGACAAGGGAUACCUCGAAAGCUAUGAUGUCGAGCGUCAGCGCCAAGCGCGGCCGUUGUAUUACCUGGAGGUCAAAUCUACGCCUUACUCCUUCAACACGGCUUUUUUCAUGAACGGGUCUCAGUUUAGGAGGAUGCAGGAUUGUAGCCAAAGUGGACCAGGGCAAGAGUCCAAUCUUGAUCGAAUUUACGUUCUUCUGCGCGUCUUUGAUCUUGGCAUGAACUCGGCUUCAGUCCGAGUGCUCGUCGAUCCAGAAGGAAUGAGGCGUAGAGGCGAGCUGCACUUCGAGGCAGAGUCGUGGAAGAUUCGUCCUCGCAGGACAUAG